AUGGCUUCUACACCAGAUAACGUAUACGAGUUCUACCAUCCCUCCAAAGUAUUGGCGCUCGUCGCGUGUGUAGUCUUUGCAGUCUUUAGUCUUGUUCAUCUAAGAUAUGUCUGUCACUAUCGGAAACCCUUCUGUCUGGUUCUUGUCCUUGGAGGACUCUUUGAGGUUGCGGGUCUUGGUGCGAGGAUAUACUCGACCGACCAUCUACGAGACCAAGGAGCGUACGGCACGCAAACACUCCUGAUCCUCCUGGCGCCCAUCUUCUUCUCCGCAGCAAUCUACAUGUUCCUCGGCCGAAUAAUCCGCGCUACCGAGCAUCCCGACCUUUCCAUCAUUCGAACACGAUGGCUUUCCAAGUUCUUCGUGAUAGCAGAUGUAUUAUGCUUCGUCGUUCAAGCUUGCGGUGCAGGAAUUCUCAUCAACGCUGAUACUACCGCUGAUCAGAACAAUGGAGAGAAUGUUAUUCUCGCUGGAUUAGCGCUUCAGGUUGUCAUCUUGAUCAUAUUUCUUAUUUGUGCGGGAGUAUUCCAUGCACGACUUGCGAAAGGAGGACUCAUUAGGACGAUUAAUCCGAGACUCUACUUGGUUAUAAUGCUCGGUGAGCUGUAUACCUGCGCGAUACUGAUUCUGAUCCGAAAUGUGUUUCGACUGGUUGAGUUUGGACUUGGGGACGAUGGAUAUUUGCAGCGGUAUGAAUGGCCGAUUUAUGUGUUUGAUAUUCUCUUGAUGGCUAUGGUUAUGGCGCUGGCGUUGAGUUGGUAUCCGGCUGAUUUGCAUAUUCAUCAUGAUCCUUAUAGGCGACAACCAAUGGCCAGCACGGCUUAG